CAGACACCCAGCCUUCCGGAAAUCGGCUUUUCCACCUCGCAACUUCUCUCAUCGCAACCGCGAGACCGGACCUCCCACAGGCAGCCUAUCUGGCGCUGUUCCGGACCCGUGUUGUCUCGGGAGUCGGGAACCCACUUACGCGUAAACACCCACCGUGGGGGCGUGCCCAGUCUGGCCAUGGAGAGCCCCGAGUUUGCGGCUGGCGUGCGGAGCCAGGGUGCCAACGGCGGCGGUCCUAUCAAGCGCAAACGGAGCACCUUGGACAGCAGCCCAGCCAGCCUUGCCGACCACGAUCAUGAUCACGACCAGGACAUUGACCACGACGAGAGGACAGACGCCUCUCCCGACACCAAGAGCCGCCGCCUGCCUGGGGUGAAGCGCGCCUGCAACGAGUGCCGCCAGCAGAAGUUACGUUGCGAUGUUGUUCAAGAACCCUUUCAGAGCUGUUCCCGGUGUAACCGGCUCAAGCUCGAGUGCAAGAUUGAGUCCAACUUCAAGCGCAUUGGCAAGCGAAGCAAGCAUGCCGAGAUGGAGAAGGAGAUCGAGAGACUCCGCCGCGCUGUCCAGAUUGCCAAGUCUCAGGGGUUUACCUUUGACGAAGACGACGAGCUGGCGAAUUCUGCGAUGCAGUCUCAGCUUCACUCGCCUGUGGUUGCGAGCCAGUAUACACACACCCGCAAUCCAUCCUUGAUAGGAUCCGAGGAGGCCGUCUCUUCACUGCUGCAUCUCAAACGUGGCGGCUCCUACGCCAUGCCCCGCAUCGCUCGCGAGCUAGACGAUUUCAGACUUACUGAGGACGAGGAGAGCCAGCUGUUCAGCCAAUUUUUCAACUACUACCACCCAUUCCUGCCGUUCUUGAACCCCGCCCAGACGCCGGAUCAAUACUAUCAACAGCAUCCUCUGCUCUACUGGUCGAUCGCAGCGGUUGCUAGCAGACGUUUUGGGCUAGACUCCAAUAUCCUCACUAGGCUGUCGGGCCCCCUGACGAGGCUGCUCUGGGCCACGGUUGGCGACGUCCCUCAGAGCUACUUCGUCGUCAAAGCUCUCUGUUUACUUUGCACCUGGCCCCUUCCAACGAGCACGACAUCCUCUGAUCCCACGCAUAUCCUCUGCGGCGUCAUGAUGAAGACGGCCACCGGCAUCGGCCUGCAUCGACCCAACCACAUCAAUGACUUCUCGCGCGUCGCGGUGGAGCUCAACAAGGAAGGUCUUCAUGACCGUAUCAAGACGUGGGCGGUGUGCAACAUCGUCGCGCAGACCAUCGGAACCGGCUACGGCCAACCCGCUUCGACCUUGUACGACUGGACUCUGGCUAUCCGACCGGGCGUCGAGGGGCCGUACUCGCUUGGCCCAGAACUGGAGGCCAGGUUGCAAAUAGAACGGUUUUGUGAUAAGGUUUCGAAAGAAAUGUACAGCAACGCCAGUGAUCCUCGGGGUGUUGCCGGCGACGAACACCGAGCCAUGUUGAUGCGUGUCUACCGCCGCGAAUUCAACGAGCUUCAAGCUUCCAUCGUGGCGCAGAACUUGUCGCCGAUCGUCUACCUCCAUCUGAAAGCAGCUUGCCUUCAUCUGCGCCUGGCCGGUUUCUUUGACUCCAGCCGGACGCCGGGUUAUCUCGACGAUCUAAUGGCCCUGUGGCGCGCCACAACCAGCUACCUCGACUACAUCCUGGACGGCCCCGAGACCUGCCCUGAAGCAUAUCAGUAUCAAUUACGAGACCAGUUUCUCUUGAAAUACGCCACAAACUACAUCCAGCAGAUGUUGGUCGCCGCGGGGUUUGCCUUGCUCAAGCUCAUGCGGUCGUUCUUCGUGAAGCAGGUCGAAUUUGAGCGAGGCCGUUCCCUGUUUCACAGGACUAUUCAAGCCAUCCGCACUACCAGCGUGGUGCAUAAUGAUUUGAAUUGGAGGCUCGCAGAGUUGAUGGUCCAAAUCUGGAACGGUGCCAGGAUCGAGGGGAAGUCGCCGUCGUUUCAGGGUGACGAUCCGGAAAUCGAUGACAGUCUGCAGCUGAAGGUCCGGUGUCGACACAGCAUGAGUCUCGUGUUCGACUCGAUUUGGCACUGGAGGGAAGAGUACCAAGCUCGAGGCCGAGGUACACUUGACGCCUCUUCAACUCAUCUGGACAGCACGCUGGCUCCGGCCUCCCAGGGUCUCACUGCUAAUCUCGGCCUAGCCACGUCCAACGGCGCGCUUACACCCAGCGGAGGAUCGGCGGUGGGAGGCGGCACCCAAAACUCGCUUAUGGGGAUGAACUACGAUAGCACCUACGAUUUCUGGGACCCUCAGCACUGGAUGUUGGACGGGCUGCUCGACUUCAACUACACGUUUGUCCCGAUCGAGAGCAACACUUAGAGCGCCUUCUGGUCGCUCACUCUGCACCAAGUCCGGCACGGGCCGUAUUCCGGAAGUAUAGCUUUUCCAUGUUUGAUGAAAUACCCCUUUCGCCCCCUCUCUUCUUCUAGCGUACAUUGUCACCUAGGUUCAUCGGGUGUUGUUCUCGGCAGACGGGGUUUCGUAAAUGGGAUUGGGAAAACAAAAGGCUGAGGUUGGUUUCUCCGCUGUGAGUGAUGAUGUCUAUCUAAUCAUAGGCAGUUGCAGAUAGCGCGAAUCGAGAUGUUUCCACAGGAACCCCGCGCUGUCCGGCUUCCAGCUCCGGACGACAUCACAAUACAGCACAGUGCCGGCUGAGCAGGACCCAGGACUUCCCAAGACCCCCCAGACCCCCUGACCCCC